CCCUGGAUAAAAGACGGGCAGCACCCUCCCUGCACGUUAUGCUCCGCCUCUUUCGAAUCCGGUAGCAUCUACAGUUCAGCGUACGGCACAGCACCUCUGGUAGGUACUGCAGAGGGUCGAGCCUCUCUAACAAUCCAAUCGCCUUAGUAAUUACAAUCACCGACAAAUGAAGGACCCCAAAGAGAAUGCUUUUAUUAUUAACAUAGAUCCCUCGAAUUCUUCUUCUCACUCCCAAGACAACCACGACUCUCCCCAUGGACGAGCCGUCAUGGACCAAUCUUCGAUAGAGGACGGCGAUAGCACCAAGAGCACCAAGUCAUUAACACCAGAGGGGACGAAGAAGGCCUCCAAGAUCCGACUAUGGCUAGAAACCGAAGCCAUUAAAAUCCGAAAGAGCCGAACGCGCCAAGCUCUUAUUGUAUUUUCAUUCGUCGUUGCCGCCGUACUUCUCGGAGUUUUGAUAUGGUUAGAAACGAGUGGUCAUAUACACGAAAUUUUAAAGAAAUCAUCUCCCUUGCAGUUAAAUCAAGGGACAUAUUUAGGCGAAGUGGUACAGAAAAGCUCGAAAUACGCCCGUGCCGUUGAGGCUUAUCGCGGCAUACCAUAUGCGCAGUCCACAGCUGGCCAAAACCGUUUCAGACCUCCACAGCCGCUAAAUGGUACGGUAGACCGUAACAAUGUUCAGCGCGCUGUGAGCUAUGGCCACGUCUGCCCUCAAAAUGGAGGUGGGAAGAACCAAGGCGAGGAUUGUCUAAACGUCAACAUAUUUAGACCUCAUUUCAGCGACGACCCAGACGCCGCUGCCGCCGAGAUGGCAAAGCUCGGUGUUGAUAGCAAGAAGAUGCCCAUAGUCAUUUACAUCCACGGCGGUGGUUUUAACAGUGGCAGUGGUGCCGAGAGAAAUAUGUUGAGUUUUGUCGCGUGGUCGGAGACGCCGUUAAUUGGAAUGAGCUUCAACUAUCGUGUCGGAGCUUUGGGUUUCCUACCAGGCGCAUCAGCCGCAGAGGCAGGCCUAUUAAAUCUGGGAUUAAAGGACCAACAGGCGCUUUUCCAAUGGGUACAGAAUAACGCUGCCGACUUUGGUGGAGAUGCCAACAACGUUACGAUAAUGGGCCUAAGCGCUGGUGCUCACUCGGUUGGACAUCACCUAAUAUCGUAUUCGCCGGCAAAUAAGUUAACCUCGGCGCCUGUACCGUUUCAAAAAGCGAUCCUCGAAUCCGGUGGAUCUACAGCUCGUGCUACUUUCGUACCUACUCAUCCGCUACAUGAACAGCAACUCUCACAAUUCCUGGAGAAGUGCGGAUUGAAUGGUACCUCUGGGGAUAAGCUCUUUGAUGGGCUCCGCGCCCUCCCCUUGGACACGGUCGUUACUGCAUCUAAUUAUGUGUGGAGACGUUGGAACCCAUCUCUGCGUUGGGCUUUCCAGCCUGUAAUUGACGGCUCCGGAGGAAUAAUACCGGACCUACCAAGUCAAUCCUGGGAGAAAGGGAAUGUUUUACGUAUCCCGAUCCUAACGGGUUUUAACACGAAUGAGGGUGCAGUGUUCGUACCGUCGAAGGAGAGCAAUUCAUCGGCAAUGCGCAACCUAAUGUCCGGCCUCAUUCCUGCUCUCAACAAGACAGAUUUGGAUACACUAAAUACCAUGUAUCCCGAUCCCGACACCACUGUCGGACAAAAACUAUACGUCACUAAACCACCCGCUGGCUUCGGUACGCAGUUCUGGAGGUUAGAUGAUGUCUAUGCGCAUUACGCGUAUAUCUGCCCGGUACUUCAAACAGCACAUCUAGCCUCGACCGCAAAGGAUGCCAGCCCCGUCUACGCUUAUCAUUAUGCUGCUCGGUCGAAUAGUCAUGGCGGCGCGGAUCACGGCGACGAAGCACCCAUAGUUACGCAUGACAUGGACGUUAUCGGAAAAUAUCCAGGCAUAGUUGCUAUGGCAGAUGCGAUGACGGGCUUCUGGAGUCGAUUUGUCGUUACUGGUGAUCCUAAUCCAGGCCCUGGCGUUACCACCAACACAACUACCAUCUCAUGGCCAAAGUUUGUCAGCCCCUUCAACACGAGCACAACUAUGAUCGGCGUAAAAGAAGCGAACAGCUUGGGCAAGGUGACGUUAUUCGGCCAAGGUAAUGAUGAGCGCAUGGGUAUGCGCGGACGUCAAAACCCAGGUGUCGCCGCACAAAUCGGCAAUCUGACUCUGCGGGUGCGGAACGAAUCCACAUUCUGGUGGGGUAGGACGAUCCUAAGCGAGGGAUUCGGAAACGGAAGUACAUCCCUCGGGAUCGAGCAGCAUACCAAAGCGAGGUUAUAAGCUGCGCCUCCGAAAAAAGAAGGGAAGCAGAAAAAAAAAGACGACUGAAAUAUUAUUUUAUUUGUUCAGUGAUGGCAUGUGCGAGCGUUGGAUGAUACCCUUUAUUGUUGAAUGAUAAGCAUUGGUUUUUCGGAUUAGCAUUGGCUGCAUACGAAGCAUGAAGCACGGCGUUUGAAUGGAUUCGCAUCUCGAGAGAUGGACAAAAGCUAGACGGUACGGCUUGAAUUAAAAGCCUUAUUAUAUAUACCUAGAGAGUUUGAUAGUAUAUAUUCGGCUCUGGUAA